CAAACUUUAUUCAAAAUGGCACGAAACUCUGAAAAAGCUCAAUCGAUGUUAUAUCGUUUCCGUGAAUCUCAAGCUGUGGAAUUAGGUUUACAAAAUCGUGUCAAAGGUGAAAGAAGACCUAGGAUGGCAUCUAGUGUAACUAGUUUGAGACAAUGUGAAAUGUGGAGAGCGGAUAUAUUGAAAGAGGUUUCUAGAAAGGUAUCAAAGAUACAAGAUUCUACAUUGACAGAUUAUCAAGUUCGUGAUUUAAACGAUGAAAUAAAUAACCUUAUGCGUGAAAAAAGACAUUGGGAAACUCAGAUCGUGGCUUUAGGAGGAGCGAAUUAUAAAAGGGGUCAACAAGCUAUGGUAGAUGAUGCAGGGAAAGAAGUACCUGGUACCAGGGGAUAUAAAUACUUCGGUAGAGCAAAAGAUCUUCCAGGUGUGAAAGAAUUAUUUACACGAGGAACGGCUUUAGCAUCAGAAGAAUCAGCUAGAACGGCUUCUUUCCAAAUGUUCAGGAAUCAAGGUCCUGCUUAUUUUGGGGAUUUGGAUGAAAUGGAUGAAGGGUUGUUACUUGAUGAGGAUACCGCAGCGAGGAAGGAUUGGGAGAAAGCCGUAGCUCAUACCGCUUCCCUUCUUUCCAUUCCUGAAACAACCGACCUCGUUCCUUAUCCCGGUCCAUCGAAACCUCCACCCAUCAUCACGACAGAAUCAACCGGCGCAACUGCAGAACCCUCCGUGACGGACGGGGAAGAAGCACCCACGUCGGACACCCCGGUCGACCCCGUGACCAGUACCCAACUCGCCAUGGCAGCAAAUUUCCUCAAUGUCCUCGAUCCUGAAAGCCUCAAAGCCCCUGUCUUACCUACGGUGGAAGAAAUGGGAAACGUCUUACUCGAGGUGCGGAAAAAGGCUCUCAGGGACGAGUAUGGUGUGUGA